AUGGCUUUAAGCUGGCUCCACCUCUCGAUCCUCUCCGGGCUAUGCGCGGCCACCAAUGGGCUGUUCGCAAAGCUGACAACAACGAGCCUUACCAGCUCGCUCGCGGGACACAUCUCGACGCACCCGUUCGUUGAACCCGUCGUCCGCGCCGCAUUCUUUGGAUUGAACUUACUGUUCAAUGCCGUCAUGUGGACGUUCUUUACGGCCGCGCUGAAGCGCGGUGAUAGUGCCACCAGGGUCAGCGUGGUUAAUACUGCUGCUAACUUUAUGGCGACGGCAUUGUUUGGCGCGAUGGUGUUUAGCGAGAAGUUGACGCCUACGUGGUGCGCGGGCGCGGCGUUGCUGGUAGGCGGGAGUGUGGUCAUUUCCAGGAGAGACGACGAUAAGGAGCAGGGUGGGUAUGAGGCUGUUGCUUCUGAGGAAAUGGAGGGUACUAUCGUGGAUGAGGAUGCGGAGGGGAGGAGUAGCGGGAGCGGGUACGAGGAUGACGGUGAGGCUAGACGGAGGAGUGGUCUGUAA